CUAAUUAAUAUAAUAAAAAUUGAAUAAAAGUAAGCUGUUCAUGAUUAAUUCUGAAUCUUAGCCAAUUGCUAUAGUUAGUUUAUAAAUGGAAGAUAGAGUUGAAGAGAUAAAAGUGUAUGAAGGGGAGGAUAUAGAAUUAGAGGUGGAGCUUUUUUGUUAAAGAUAUAAACUUGGUAAUGAUUGUUUAGACUAUCUGGUUAAUUAAAUUAAGCAACAACUAAAACGUGAAUCUUCACCUAAAUUUGGAGAUUUUUAUAAGGAAAGAUUUUUGAGCAAAGGAUCAUUAUAAACAAGAAGCAGUAAUCAGAGUGAUUUUGGACUUAUAACAUCAGCCAGCUCUGAUGAAAAUUAAAUAUCAGCAUAAAAGAGUUAUGAAGAAUGGUAAAGAAACAUUAAUAAGAAAGUUGAGACUAAUUCGAAUUCUAAAUUUUAAUUAUGUGGACAAACAUUAAUUAGUUGUAAGUUAUUUUCAUAAUUAGAAAAUAAUUAAAACAAUUCCAGAGCUAUAAAUAAAAACUAUAAACCAUUUAGAGAAACAAUAAUCUAAAAAUAGGAUAAGAUUAAAUAACAAGAUUAAUCUCAGUUAUGUUUUAAACCAAAUACUUCCAGAAAUUGUAGAUAUUUUGGACAACAAACAAGGAAAGUUGAAGAUAGUUCAUUAUUAAAAAUUGGGCAUCAAUUAUAUUAGAAAGAAAUGGAAUUAAAUUAAAAAAUAUAAUUAUAAACAUUUCAAGAUUAAGAGGACUAACCUAAGAGGAGAUCCUAUUAAACAAGAAAAUCAAAUAUUAGUAGUAGAAAUCAUUCAGAACAAAAUAAAUCAUAAGGUAAUACAAAGAAUAGAUCUAACACUCCAAAUAAUGAAAAACUUUAAGUCUAUGAAAAAGAAGGAAAAUAAUAGAAAUUCGAGUAGCUAAAACAAGAAUUUUAAAAAAUCUACUUUAAUAACACAUUAAUCAAUAAUAAAAAUUAAAAAUAAGAAAACUUAAAAGAAAUAUCAUCAUAAUAAGUUAAAAAGUUAUUUACAGAAUAAAUUGAAAGAAAACAAAAGAUUGAAUAGAAAUAGUAAUAAAUUUAUUAAAAUUAGACGAGAAAAAUCAAUUUAAAAUAAUUCUACGUUUCAAAAUUAAAUUAGUAAAGAUUAAGUUUAUUAAAAAACUAAUAAAAAAUAGGAUUUUGAAGAUCAAAAAAAAAUUAAAUUAAAGCAAAACAACAGAAGCACUAGUAAUUUAUCACACAGAUCAGAUUCUCGAACAUUAACAAAUAUUACAAAAAUUGACUAGUUUGAUCUAAAUAUAAAAAAGAUUUUCAGGCAAUUGGAUGGUGACAAAGAUGGUUUUAUUAGUAAAGAUAAAUUGAAUUUGUCAGGGAUUGAAGUUGAAUUACUUGAAUUAGUAAGCGAAGCAUUAUAUAAAAUUGAGGAAGAAGAUAUAAUUGCAGAUUAAAUAUAAUUUAAAAAAAUUUGUGAAUCUAUGGGAUUAUCAGAGAAACUUAAUCAUUAAAUAGUUUGA